AGAGAGAGAGAGAGAAGGAGGGAUUGACUUUCAGAUGACAUUGGUGUGAUGUAGGUGGAGUUGGUGGAGUGUGUGUGUAUGUAUGUGUGUGUGUGUGUGUGUGUGUGUGUGUGUGUGUGUGUGUGUGUGUGUGUGUAUGUAUGUGUGUGUGUGUGAGUGUGUGUGUGUGUGUGUGUGUGUGUGUGUGUGUGUGUUGCCCGCUUGUUGGUGUUUCACACACACGCUACAGCGACGCUGUUUCUGCUCCUCUGGACUGAACAUGUUCAUCCGCCUCUGGACCGUCACACACGCUCACACACACUCGCACACACUCACUCGCACGCACGCACGUUCACACACACUCGCACACACUCACUCGCACGCACGCACUCUCACACACACUCUCGCUCCUUCCCCCUUUCCCUGAGGAACAUUUUGGGUCUUUGCUUCAAUUGUUUUUGCUUUAAUGGGAAUAAAACACAUUUACAUUCUGAGCAAUACUGCAAGUUUACAACUCUGGGAGAACCUACAGAACCUACAGAACCUACAGAACCUACAGAACCUACAGAACCUUGUGUACAUGAGGGAAAAGAAAGCCUUUCGGCAGGAUAUUCGGAGACUCACUGUUAAGUGUAACUGAAGAGCUGCCGUGUGACGCCACACAUCCGUUUUAAACGUCACAAAACUCCAGGAUUUUAAACGAAAAUCUUUUUUUUUUUUCUUGUUUAAACCUAAAAAGUGUGCGAAACUGUUGUCUACGUGGACCGGUGCUGAAGUCUCGCGCCUCGUGGCCAAGAGGAGCUUGAGCUCAGCCAAAACCAGAGAAAUGGCAACAAACGGCGCUAAAACCGUCACGGUGGAUGGACAGGUGGCGAUGGAGCUGAACGAGGUCACGACCCACGACAGAUCCAAACUGGACGAGGUACAGGAGGAACAGAACGACGACAAGAAGAAGAAGAAGGAUAUUCCUGACAGGGAAACCUGGGCAGGAAAGUUCGACUUCUUGUUGUCUUGCGUAGGAUACGCCAUCGGGCUCGGAAACGUGUGGAGAUUCCCGUACCUGUGUGGGAAAAAUGGCGGCGGGGCCUUCUUGAUUCCUUACUUUCUGACCCUCAUAUUUGCUGGAAUGCCCCUGUUUCUCCUCGAGUGUGCGCUCGGGCAGUACACGUCCAUCGGAGGACUCGGAGUGUGGAAGCUGGCGCCGAUGUUUAAAGGAGUUGGCCUCGCUGCAGCCGUGCUCUCCUUCUGGCUCAACAUUUACUACAUCGUGAUCAUUGCUUGGGCGUUGUACUACCUGUACAACUCCUUCACCACCGAACUUCCGUGGAAAUCCUGUAGCAACCCCUGGAACACAGACAGAUGUUUCACAAACUAUAGCAUUGCAGACACCACCAACCUGACCAGCGCUGUCAUGGAGUUUUGGGAACGCAAUGUACAUAACAUCACUGAUGGUUUGGAAAAACCGGGGCAGAUCCGCGCACCGCUAGCAAUAACUCUGGCCAUCGCUUGGGUCCUCGUGUACUUCUGUAUCUGGAAAGGUGUUCGUUGGACUGGAAAGGUUGUGUAUUUCUCAGCCACCUACCCAUACUUCAUGUUAUUCAUCCUGUUCAUCCGCGGAGUCACACUUCCCGGAGCGAAAGAAGGAAUUCUGUUCUACAUCACACCUGAUUUUGUGAAGCUUAAAGAGUCUGAGGUCUGGCUGGAUGCUGCCACGCAGAUCUUUUUCUCGUACGGUUUGGGGCUCGGCUCUCUGAUCGCGCUCGGCAGCUACAACCCUUUCAACAACAACGUUUACAGAGACUCGAUCAUCGUGUGCCUUAUAAACUCAUCCACCAGUAUGUUUGCUGGAUUUGUCAUUUUCUCCAUCGUGGGUUUCAUGGCUCACGUGACUAAGAGAACGAUAGCUGACGUAGCUGCUUCAGGUCCAGGUUUGGCAUUUUUAGCGUACCCCGAGGCCGUGACACAGUUACCCGUCUCUCCGCUGUGGGCCAUCCUCUUCUUCUCCAUGCUGCUCAUGCUGGGAAUCGACAGCCAGUUCUGUACGGUGGAAGGCUUCAUCACCGCCCUGGUGGACGAGUUCCCGGCGAUCCUGAGGAAAAGACGAGAGAUUUUCAUCGCGUGUGUGUGCCUGGUGUCGUAUAUAAUCGGCCUCUCCAACAUCACGCAGGGCGGCCUUUACGUCUUCAAACUCUUCGACUAUUACUCUGCCAGUGGCAUGUGUCUCCUGUUCCUGGUUUUCUUCGAGUGUAUCUCCAUCUCCUGGUGUUACGGUGUGAAUAAAUUCUACAGUAACAUCGAGGAGAUGAUCGGAUAUAAACCCUGCAUAUGGUGGAAACUCUGUUGGGUGUUUUUCACUCCUCUGGUUGUUGCAGGAGUGUUUCUGUUCAGCGCCGUCCAAAUGGUUCCUCUCAAAAUGAAUAACUACGUGUUCCCGGCGUGGGGUCAGGGGGUCGGCUGGCUCAUGGCUCUCUCUUCCAUGAUCCUCAUCCCGGGAUACAUGGUAUACAUGUUCCUCACCACCAGGGGAAAAUCUAAAGAGUCAGUGCAAUCACAGGAGAACAGACCUGAACAACAGCAGCAGGGUGAAAACGCCAUCACCGUGUACCCCACCAACGCCCACACCCCGAACCCCGAGCAAUCGCCGAGCGCAUGAACGCCCCGAACCCAGAACAAUCGCCGAGUAACAGCACAGAGGACUUCCAUCUUUCUACAGUAAUAGAGUCAUCUACCUCCAGGGGCCAAUCACCAUCCACUUCAA